AUGUCUAGGCCAUUUAACUUUAGAAGUGCAACAUGGCUCUACCCCUUACAGGGGAUAGUAUAUUUUGCCUUCCAUCCCUUCCUAUGGCCUCUAUUCCGGUCCCGUUUAUUACCUAUAACGCUGCUUUCGUUGUUCAUCUACACAGUCCUCUUUGUCUUCACGUACCUCCCUCAAGUAGCAUUUCUAGCCAUCUUCCAUGGGCCCGGAGCAUGGAUUAACGGUGCAUUUCUGGUCCUAGCAGAAGGAGCUGCGAUAGUGGCGAUGCUAUUUGAGGCAUUCUUCGUCGAUGAGGCACAGGUUGAUGUCUUUGAUUCGGUCUUACUCUACGAAGCAAUAAAAAGGCCGCUUGAAGACCCGACGUCGGUGUCUGACCCGGCUUCAAACGCACAGCCUUCGGCCUCUUUCCGGGAUCAUAUAAUUUCCAUGAUGUCCGAGUCAAGGUCACUAGGUCUGUCAAAUUAUACCAAUCCUCUCACUCAUAAGAUUGAAGACCCGGCAAAGUGGCUGGGGAAACCCCUGCACACAGCUAUAUACGCUCCAUUCUCGUUCAGGCAGAUAAUAGAACUGAUACUCCUGUUACCGCUAAACUUGGUUCCAGCUAUUGGAACCCCUCUCUUCUUGGUAUUGACGGGAUAUCGGGGUGGUCCGUUCCAUCACUGGAGAUAUUUCCAACUACGUGACUUUAACAAGAAGGAAAGGAAGGAAUAUAUUCAUAGAAGAAUGCUUAGAUAUACCUUGUUUGGUACGAUGGCACUUGUACUGCAACUUAUACCUGGGCUUUCAAUGCUUUUCCUCUUGACCACUGCUGCAGGUUCAGCGCUGUGGGCAAGUGACAUGGAACGACGGAGAUGGCUCGUGGCCCUAGACACAGCCGGUGACAACGGUCAUCACGAUCGGCCUUCGGAACAGUAUCACGAUAAUCCCGUUUAG